AUGGCAAAUAACACCUCCACUGUUGGAGAGUUUGUGGUGCGGCAACCCAGCUACCGGGUUAUCAUUGUCCAGGUCCUGGUGAUUGCUUUCCUUCUCAUCAACAUGUUGCUGAUUGUGACAUUCUUUAAAAAAAAGUCUUUUCACACGAGCACUCGCUACCUCUUAUUUGCUCUGAUGCUGCUGUCAGACAGCUCAGUCAUGUCUGAUAUUCUGCUGGUUUUAACAGCUUUUGACAUGGUCAUGCAAGUUUGGUUGUGCAUUAUUGUGUCUAUUGUCGUGUUCCUGUACAGUAUGGUAACGCCGAUCACUCUCACAGCAAUGACCCUGGAGCGAUAUGUGGCGAUCUGCAUGCCCCUGCGUCACGCAGAGCUGUGCUCCACUCGCAGCACGGUGCACUGCAUCCUCAUCAUUCAUGGAAUCAGCUCUAUUCCCUGCAUCGUCAUCCUCUCUGUGUUUUUUUCAUCUGUUUCUCUCAGCGUUUUCAAGCAAAACAUGGUCUGUUCAGUAGAAAUGUUCAUAUUAUACAAGUGGCACAGUGAUGUCAGGUCGGCUGUGAGUCAGUUUUUCUUUUUAAUUAUGUGCAUUGUCAUUGUUUUCUCCUAUUACAAAAUAAUGAGGGUAGCCAAAGCUGCAUCGGGGGAGAAUAAAAAGUCAACAUUGAAAGGCCUAAAAACUGUGAUCCUUCAUGCUUUCCAGCUGCUGCUUUGCCUCAUCCAGCUGUGGUGUCCCUUCAUUGAAACUGCAUCUCUCCAAGUCAGCAUCAGUUUUUUUAUCAGUGUAAGGUAUACUAACUAUAUAGUAUUUGUUCUCGCUCCCAGGUGCUUGAGUCCUCUCAUUUAUGGCCUCAGAGAUGAAACCUUUUUUCUUGCUUUAAAAAAGCUUUGGGUGUCUUAA